AUGUCUAACAGCAGCUCCAUCAACAGGUUCCUCCUCCUGGCAUUCACAGACACACGGGAGCUGCAGUUCUUGCACUUCUCCCUCUUCCUGGCCAUCUACCUGGCUGCCCUCCUGGCCAACGGCCUCAUCAUCACAGCUGUAGCCUGCGACCACCGCCUGCACACCCCCAUGUACUUCUUCCUCCUCAACCUCUCCCUCCUUGACCUUGGCUCCAUCUCCAGCACUGUCCCCAAAUCCAUGGCCAGUUCUCUGUGGGACAACAGCGCCAUUUCCUUUUUUGGAUGUGCUGUGCAGGUCUUUUUUCUCUUUUUCUUAUAUACAGCAGAAUAUUCUCUUCUCACCGUCAUGGCCUAUGACCGCUAUGUUGCCAUCUGCAGACCCCUGCAYUAUGGGAMYCUCCUGGRYRGCAGAGCUUGUGUCAAAAUGGCAGCAGCUGCCUGGGCCAGUGGGUUUCUCUAUGCUCUCCUGCACACUGGGAACACAUUUUCCAUUCCACUCUGCCAAGAAAAUACUCUGGGACAGUUCUUUUGUGAAAUCCCCCAGAUCCUCAAGCUCUCCUGCACAGACUCCUACCUCAGGGAAGCUGGAGUUAUUGUGGUCAGUGUCUCUUUAGGCUUUGGGUGUUUCCUUUUCAUUGUGAUGUCCUACAUGCAGAUCUUCAGAGCUGUGCUCAGGAUCCCCUCAGCGCAAGGCCGUCAGAAAACCUUUUCCAUGUGCCUCCCACACCUGGCUGUGGUCUCCCUUUUUCUCAGCACUGCAGUGUUUGCGCACCUGAAGCCCCGCUCCAUGUCCUCCCCAACUCUGGAUCUUACACUGGCCGUUCUAUAUUCAGUGUUGCCUCCAGCAGUGAAUCCCCUCAUCUACAGCAUGAGGAACAAGGAUCUCAAGGAGGCACUGAGGAAAAUUCUUCAUUGUGUACAGUAUCCCAACCAAUAA